AUUAAAUGUGAACAUUACAUUUUUGUAAUGGAUGUUAUAUUUCUGCCAAUUAGGAUGUUACAUAUUUUUGUCAUAAUUUGGACAUGAUGACAUUGCUUUCCUCCUUUGUACAUUAAACAUGGACUAAUUUUUUGUAAUGGAUGUUACACUUUUGUUCCUCUUUGUACAUUAAAUGUGGACAUUACAUUUUUUCAUUCUUUGCACAUCAAAUUUGGACAAUAAUAUUAUUUUUGUCAUUAUCUGUACAUUAAGUUUCUGUCCCUCUUUGUACAUCAGAUUUUGGGCAUCAAACUUUUUGUCAUUAUUUUUGGACAUUAAAUUUCUGUCUCCCUUUAUACACUAAAUUUUUGUUAUUUGGGCAUGUGAAUUUGUUAAUUUGUUCAUCAUUAAUUAAUUAAUUUGUUAAUCAUCAUUGUUAAUUUUUAAUUUCUAUUCAUGCUGCCGGUGAUAUUGAUUCUGUGGUUGGGGUGAUUCUUCUUAUUUUAAUAUAUCUUUUUCAGCUGAGGCUGUGUAACCCUUAUCUGUGAAUUGUCAUUUGAGGCCGUGUAACCUGGAAAUUGUUAUUGAAGUUAGACGGACUUCUUCUUGAGUUACUACAUCCAGCCUUCUUUCUGUACAGCUUUUAAGAUGCUUCCUCUGUUGUCAGAAGCUUUGUAGUCAGCAGUCCUUCUGUUCUUAUUUCACUUUGCAGCAGUGAAGGGUCUAUCAAGUUGAAAGACCUGACUAUGGAAAUCUAAGAAUUCACAGCGCACAGUGAUAUGCAGUGUUUUUUAAUCUGCUACUUUCAGUUCUUUUAUACCGAAGCAAAAUGAAUGAACAUCCAAAGAAGAGGAAAAGGAAAACUCUACAUCCCUCACGUUAUUCAGUUUCUUCUGGGGUUCCGAAAUACAUAGACAAUAGUGGUAUAUUUUCUGACCAUUGUUACAGUGUGUGUUCCAUGAAACAGCUAGACACAAAAGUCUCUGAUAACCGAGGGAGAUUUCACAAUACAGUGCACACCACAGAUACUGAUGAGGAUGGCAGUCCAGUGUAUGCUGGGAUAUCUCAGUGGAGUGGGACUCAGAAUAAUGUCAUGGGGUUAUAUUUCAUGGAUCCUAAAAAGAAAGAUAAACUGUCCAACAAUGGAAUUUUUAAAGAUAGGUGUGAAUCACCUAUUUUCAGUGACAGCUUAACUGAAGAGGAGAAACCACUGGACAUUCAAACAGUAGAAAUUUCCACUACAGAAGUCCAGGCUGUGGAGGUCCAUGACAUAGAAACACAGACCAUUUCUCCAGAGAAGCUUGAAGCAGAAGAAGCUGAGGAAAUUCCAGUGGAAAGCUGCAAGGUGCUUGGGAAGAAUCCUCCUUUGAAUGUUACCAUUCAGCCAAAAUGGCCUUUGCUGCGGGCUAACAGCAGUGGUUUGUACAAAUGUGAACGAUGCACAUUCAACAGCAAGUACUUCUCGGAUUUAAAGCAGCACAUGGUUCUGAAGCAUAAGACAUGUCCUGAGGGCAACAUCUGCCGGGUGUGUAAGGAGAGCUUCUCCUCCAAAAAGGUGCUCGUUGAACACUUAAAAAUCCAUGAAGAAGAUCCCUACAUUUGCAAAUACUGUGACUACAAAACAGUGAUGUUUGAAAACCUGAGCCAACACAUUGCAGACACUCACUUCAGCGAUCACCUUUAUUGGUGUGAGCAAUGCGAUGUUCAGUUCUCCUCCAGUAGUGAGUUGUAUCUCCAUUUCCAGGAGCACAGCUGCGACGAGCAGUACCUUUGUCAGUUUUGUGAGCAUGAAACUAGCGACCCAGAGGACUUGCACAGCCACGUGGUAAAUGAGCAUGCAGGCCGGCUGAUAGAGCUGAGCGAUAGCUACCAUAGCAGGCAGCAGCAAGGGCAGUACAGUCUGGUCAACAAAAUCAGCUUUGACAAGUGCAAGAACUUCUUUGUGUGUCAAGUCUGUGGCUUCCGUAGCAGGCUUCAUACCAAUGUCAACCGGCAUGUGGCAAUCGAACAUACCAAAAUAUUUCCCCAUGUUUGCGACGACUGCGGGAAGGGCUUUUCUGGCAUGCUGGAAUACUGCAAACAUUUGAACACUCACGAGUCUGAGGGGAUUUAUUUGUGUCAAUAUUGUGAAUAUUCCACAGGGCAAAUUGGAGACCUCAAAACUCAUUUGGACUUCCGACAUUCAGCUGAGCUGCCUCAUAAGUGUACUGAUUGCUUGAUGAGGUUUGGUAAUGAAAAGGACCUUUUGAGUCAUCUUCAGAUGCACGAAACUGCUUGAUUGUUGUAGUAGUGUGGGUUUCCCCCUUGAUGUAGUUCAGAAUAUUAGAAUUGAUAUAAUUCCCACAUAUGUUAUCCUAAGGUCAAACUAUAAAUGAAUUUCCCCUUAUGUCACUUGGAGACAGUCACUUCAGCUACAACCACACUUCUAAUGUUGCACUACUGGUGUUUGAUAAUAAACUAUGGUGAAAAUGGAAGCCAUUGCAUUGAUGGGAUAGUGAUAUCAUGGAAUAAUUAAUGUAAGUUGAUGAUAGAUCUGAAACACCAGUAUGUGCACAACCACCCACACAUAUGAUCCCUGGCUUUUUGGGUUCAUUCAUAGAAUCUUCAAGGCAUAUCUAAGAACUUGAGCACAACAGAGUGUUUCAUCUCUACAAAAUUUGGAUUCAUUGAUCAGGUUUUCUGCAGGUAAAAGCUAAGUGCACUGGCAGAAACAAUUUGAUUUUGCUGAUUAAGGUCGAAAUGUGUAUGUCACUGAAUCUGUUAUUGUACAAUUGAUUUCUGAAGACAACCUAGUAUAAAUGAAUGUCCUUUUGUUAGCUAUGGAGGGAAAUAAAAGUAUCCAAGAUAAAGUUGUGCAUCA